AUGGACAAGAACCUGAACCCCUCCUCAUCCUCUUCCUCUUCUGCUUCGAGCAGAAGGAAGCAUCACUUGAAAGCGAUCACUCUGUGCCGUUUCAUACGUCACGCCACGGUGCAAGGUGUUGCUUCCGGUAUCAACCCGCUUCAGGCCAAAUCUCUGCAAUCAUUCUCUGAGUACUUCAAGCCCCUGAGAGAUGUCAUGGAAGUUCUAGCUUCACGUGAGAAAGUGAUCAUUGUCGGGCGCAGCUUGGGUGGGUUUGCUCUUUCUCAGGUGAUGGAGAAAUUUCCCAAGAAGUUUAACCUUACUGUUUUUGUUAUUGCCUUGAUGCCUGGUCCUAAACUCAAAGUUUCUGCUCUCAAAAAAGGGUACAUUCAAUCUUAA